AUGACAACUUGUAAUAGUGUACCUGUGGUGCAAUGUCCUGAAGCCCAAUUAAGACGACUUACUGAAGACCAUGCCCGCGCAAAUGAAAGCGGUACUGAGAACAUUUCAAGUUCCAACAGACCCUCGGCACUAGAGAGGAAUUACACACAGUUUUAUGAUCAUGAAAGGAUGGAUGUCAUUGAAUGUAUCGAAAACUCACGUAUCCACAAGGAACGCAAUAGAUGGGCUGAAAUAGAAGAUUGUCGUGUCGCGUGUAUCAUUUUUGAGGAGUCUUUUGCAGCUGCCCUUUCUUUAAAAGAAAGUUCCAUUAAAGGCAUUUCUUGGAUUUUGUCGUCAGCACCGUUCAUAGGAGCUCAAUACGCCGAGACAAGGACAAAAGAAGGUAGCGAUCCUCAGUGUUAUUCUGUCAAUACUGAAGGUGGGCGUCCCUGCACACUUGACCAAAGUAGCCUUAACAGCUUGAACGUGAUUUUGAAAGAGACUGCAGAGAGUUGUGACGUGCACGCCCUUGUACAGAAAACGUCAGAUACUCUGUCUAAGCGUCAAGAAAAAGGAAGACUCCAGCACUACAAAGGAGACCUACUGACUAAGCCUGCAAUGAUGAGGUACAUGGAGAAAUGCUGCAGAUAUGCAUGGAAACUGGUGUGUCAGACGCCACCGUACGCGAUAGAAGGGAAUCAUAGUUUACGAAAAAGUGUCUUCGACCCAAAUAUUCACCAGCUUAGCCGGGAAUAUGCGCCUGCCGAGCACACUGGCUCGGGAUACAUUCAACUUGUACUUUGGCCCGGUUUAUUUGACGGAUCGUCCGGGAGAGUAAUUCGAAAGACUGAAGUGCUGUUACAAAGCCCGUGCCAGUAACUUUGCAUAUUUACCAGACAAACUAUCCAAACUCGGUGGAUAACCGAAAAAUAUUAUAUCCAUCGAAUUCUUUUAUUUACUAGUCGGAUAGAUGAUAGGGCACAUGUGCACGUUGGACUUUAAAUCUUACUAGAGAGGCGUUUUGAUUGCGCUGAUUGGGCAUGAAUAUAGAUUUUUCCUUGAUUAUCAAAUAUGGAACAUUGCGUAGUUAGAAAAUCUGUCAAAAUUGGGUAUCGAAAAGAGUCGGGAUCAGAUCUCUGCCAUACAGGACUCUAAUUUUCUCUAAGCAUUUUCAUCAUCGGUCAUUUUCCUAAUUCCUUAAGCUCGUAGAAAGCAACAAAGUUUCGUCAUAAGUAUGAAGUUAAACUCACUGAUUUGUUAUUCGGUUCGUAUUAACACUUGAAAAUGGUGGUAUUAAUUUUGUGCUUUUUGUUUCUAAACUACAGAUAAGCAAAAG